AUGGGUGUGCAGAUGGUUGAUAUCAAUGUCGGAAAGGGCAAAGCCGAAACACACUUUCGCGUCCACAAAGCCAUUCUCUGUGCGAAGCUUCCUUAUUUCGACAAGAUGUUGAACUCCGGGUUCAAAGAGGGCACAGAAAACCGAGUCAACCUACCUGAAGAUGAUCCAGACUCGUUUGAUUUGCUGAUGGUAUGGGUGUACAAUGAUACUCUACCUCCUUUGGAAUGGAACAAAAGCAUAUCCGGAUUUACCAAAACAUCGAAUUGGCAUGCUUUCAACUUGUACGCUUUAGCAGACAAGCUUUGCUUGGAGAUUCUUAUGGAUCAAAUCGCCUCAUCCUACAUUUCCGCAACUCUUGCCCUUGAUGCUCUACCUGGUCCAAAUUAUCUCGGCACCAUUUUCCAGACAUUACCCGGCCAUACUGCCUUUCGAAAGUACGCCGCAUCUUGCCUACACUACAUUUUGCAUGGCUUACCAAAGAGUCCUGAGCUUAUGAGCACCUGGCCAGUUGAGAAGCUGAAUCUCAUCAUGGUAGCGAACCCGAACUUGACUAUGGAAUACCUGCAGCUUGUUCAGCAACAUCCACUCGAUACACCAGUUCCUGAUCCUCGUCUGCCACCAUACUGCAAAUUCCAUCGACAUGCUGCUGAUGCUCCUUGCCCGGUAGCGGCACGUCAGUCAAUCUGA